AUGUCUUCUUUUUUGGUCUAUGAAGCUCCGUUUCACACUCCCCAUCCCGAACAAUCUCGUUUCGGUCAACAACAAGAUGAUCAUUCAUCAUCUCAACACAUUGAGAAAUCAUUGUUUUUAGCGGGAGGAAUUUCAGGUUGUGGAAACUGGCAUCGUGACGUGAUACAGAAUUUAUUCAACAAAUGUGAAAAGUUAUUCCAGCAACAGCAACCAAGACAAAUCAAAAUUUACAAUCCACGAAGAGAAAAUUUUGAUGUGAGUGAUCAAAGUCAAUCGGAAAUUCAAAUCAAAUGGGAACAUUCCUAUUUACAUUCAGUUCAUGCAGUUUCUUUUUGGUUUUGUUCUGAGACAUUAUGUCCCAUUACUUUAUAUGAGCUAGGGAAAAUUUCAAUGAUGCCACACGUCAAGCUUUUUGUUGGAGUUCAUCCUCAGUAUCAGAGAAAACUAGAUGUGGAAAUUCAAACUCACCUCGUUCGACCAGAAGUUAAAAUUGUGUACUCUAUUGAGGAUCUGUGUGAUCAAAUCUUUGAUUUAUAUCUUUCACAAUAA